AUGUUUGUUUUCAGAUGGAUUCAUAGUCGUUUUUUCUUUCAAAUAAUUUUUCUUUCAAAUAUUAGCAUGUACAUUACAGAAGAAAACAAUGAAGAUUUGGAGGAUAAAAACAUCCAAUCAUCUACAACUCCUCAGAUCCUCAAAGAUAGUAAUACUAGUGAACAUGAAGAAACUAAGGAGAAUGUCUUCUCAGAAACAGAGGCAACAAAACCACAGUUGGAAAAGAGUUCUUGUCCUCCACAAGGAACAUUGAAUAAAAUUAUUACAAAUGGAGUUUUCCUUUGUAUGAUAUGGUGUGUAACCUGGUCAAUCUCAGGCCGUGACAGUCUCCCUGGUGGAAAUUUAUUUGCACUGUUAAUUAUCUUUUGUAGUGCCAUACUUGGGGGGCAGCUUUUGAAACUCAUUAGAAUACCUGCAGUGCCUCAACUUCCACCUCUUCUUGGGAUGUUACUGGCUGGUUUUAUCAUCAGGAAUGUUCCAUUCCUCAGUAAGCAUGUCCGUAUUAGUAACACGUGGUCUUCAACUUUAAGAAACAUUGCCCUUACUGUUAUACUAAUACGAGCCGGACUUGGACUUGAUACAGAGGCUUUGAAGCAUUUGAAGGGAGUUUGUUUAAGAUUGUCUAUGGGUCCGUGCCUCAUGGAAGCGUGUUCGGCGGCUGUUAUUUCCCACUUCCUUAUGAAUUUUCCCUGGCAAUGGGCAUUUCUAUUAGGUUUUGUAUUAGGUGCUGUCUCACCUGCUGUUGUUGUCCCUUCCAUGCUAUUUUUGCAAGAAAAUGGAUAUGGUAUUGAGAAAGGCAUCCCAACCUUACUAAUAGCUGCUAGCAGUUUGGAUGAUAUCUUGGCUAUCACUGGAUUCAAUACAUGCUUCAGCAUAGUCUUCUCCACAGGUGAUAUACUUAGUAACAUCCUUGCCUCUUGUCGGGAUAUAGUUAUUGGUGUGCUGGUAGGAAUUGUUUUGGGAAUUUUUGUUCGAUAUUUUCCAAGUAGAGAUCAGACAAAUAUUCCAUUGAAGAGAGCAUUCCUUGUUUUGAGUAUGUGUAUUUCUGCUGUCUUAGGCAGCCAUCGUUUUGGUAUACAUGCAGCUGGGGGAUUAUGCACACUACUGUUGACUUUCAUCGGAGGGAUGAAUUGGUCCAAAGAAAAGAUUAGAGUCCAAAAAAUUAUUUCAUUUGUAUGGGAUAUUUUUCAACCCCUUCUUUUUGGUUUGGUUGGAUUGGAAGUAUCUGUUACAGCUCUUAAAUCAAAUGCUAUUGGCAUUUGUGUUGCUACCAUGAGUCUGGCAUUAUUGGUUCGAAUUUCUUUUACAUUUUCACUGAUGUCUUUUGCUGGUUUUAGUUUUAAGGAAAAAAUAUUUAUUGCUCUAUCAUGGAUGCCCAAAGCUACAGUCCAGGCUGUAUUAGGUCCCUUGGCUCUAGAAAGAGCGAGAAUCAGCGCACCCCACUUGGAGCCAUAUUCAAAAGAUGUGAUGACAAUAGCAUUUUUAGCCAUCUUGAUCACAGCUCCAAAUGGAGCUCUCAUUAUUGGCAUACUGGGGCCCAGAUUACUUACACGCCAUGAUCCAAAGGAAAUAAAACUGGAGUUGACAAGAUUAGAACUUCAUUAAAAAGUUAAUUUGCCAUCACCUGCCUGCUUCUCUUAAUGAAUUAUCUUAUCUGAGAGAAAAAUAAAAAGGAACAAAUAUGCGAAGACUACAUAGAAGCAAGGAUUUAAUAAAUAUGUGAU